AUGAGAUUACUUAUAACAUAUAUUUUCUUCCUUUUCUGUUCAUUAGUUAGUGCAGCAGAUGAAACCACAUCAUCAUCUUCAUCGUCAAGUUCAGAUAAUGUUAAAACCACGACAUCGAUUUCAACUACAUUAGUUUGGGUAACAGGUACUGAUGCAAGUGGUAAUUUAGCAACUACACAAUCACCAUAUUAUCAAAGUUUUAUUAGUUUUUGGACUGAAGUUGCAUCACCAUCUUCUGCAUCAAUUGGUUUAGGAUCAAUUAGUGGAACUGUUGGUAAAAUUAGAAGUUAUUCUCAAACUACAAUUUCUCAAGGAAGUGGAUCAUCUUUAAUUAAUAAUAGAAGUAUUUUAAGUUCAAAUGAUUUUACAUUAACUAAAUUACUUGGAGCUUCUACCAUUGCAAUGAUUUCUAUUAUAUUAUUGAUCUAA